CACUACGCCUACAGAUAGUAAGUACAAAAGGAGCCACUGGGUGCAGGCAGCUGCAGUUUACACAGCUCGAGAAAAAGAAGUAUAUAGACACAAGCUACAAUUUCAGGACAUGGGCCUGCAUGGAUCCAGGCCUCAGAAACAAGCACAGGUCCUGAUGCUGGGUCUGGACGGAGCAGGAAAGACCACACUGCUCUAUAAGCUAAAGUACAACGAGAGCGUGGUGACCGUUCCAACUGUGGGCUUCAACGUGGAGACACUGGAGACCGACAGGAGCAGCCCUGGCCUGACGGUCUGGGACGUGGGGGGCCAGAAGAAGAUGAGGCCCCAUUGGAGACAUCACUAUACUGAUACAGCCGGACUGGUGUUUGUGGUGGACAGCUGGGAUCAGAAACGGCUGGAGGAGGCUCGCAAGGAACUUCAUCGGGUCCUAAAGUUUGAGAGUCUCAGAGGAGUUCCUCUCGUGGUUCUUGCCAACAAACAAGACCUUCAGGGAGCUCUAAGCCCAGAAGAGCUUUGCCGGACACUGGACUUGAGAAGAGUGUGCGAGGGCAGGCCCUGGUUCAUCCAGCCCUGUUCAGCUAACACCAGCGUGGGACUAGAGGAAGGUUUCAGGAGGAUAGUCUAUCUGAUGAAGACUCCAUUUAAACAGACUCAAGAAGAUUUUAAGAUUAAAAUGAAGUCCAAGGGCUUCAGUAUCACAGAUGUUAAACAAGUCUUUAUCUGCAGCAGAUGAUGAUUCUUUCAAACGGUAUAAUUCUUCUCACCUGCCAGUGUAAGUCAUCAGGAAAUGGAGUCACUGUGGCUUCUAUUGGAUUAAAUGAGAGGAGGAGAUAAAACGGGGAUGAGAUUAUCACAACACAAAGCGUCAAUCUGUGUCAGAUAGCAUUUAUAUUUAAUCAUCGUAAGACAUGGGUUUUUUUGGACCAUUGUGCUAACUCAUGAGGAUGCUGUGAGUCAUCACAGGUUAUCCCACCCGGAAUGUCACAAGCUGAUAUGAGCCUUUGUUUAAAAAUACAAUCUGUAGAAAACUGGCUGCUAAAAAUCUGUAUUUGUUUGGUCAAGAUUCUGUGGCUCAAAGAAAUGUUGUUUUUCUAAUUGUGCAUUAUCAUUUUUUUCUUUUUGUGUUCAUUUGUAUAAAAUAUAUAAAUACUUAUUGUGCUAACUAUAUAUUUAUGCAUGUGAUGUUUUGAACAUGUGUGUCAAUGUCAUCCAAGUGUUUCAGUGUUGUUGUUUUAUUAUUCCUUGCAAUUAAAUAAAAAUGUUAAAAUCAAAAUCAAA